GAGCUGUGGAGCUGGUACUAGGGACAGUCCAUGAAGCUUCCCUAGUGUCCAACCAGUUCUGCUAGAGCAAACUAGCCACCUUACUCUGAAAAUGUAAAUAAUUUCUGAGAGCCAGUUAGCCACACUCAAUUGGCCAAAUAGCCACAUGUGGCUAGUGUGUUGGACUCCCCGGGGCUACAGGGCUCUGGUGGCAGCUUCUGGGAGCCACACAGAGCCAGGGCAGGUGGGGAGAUUGCCUUAGCCCCCUGCCUUAUUGCCAAUUGGAGCCACCAGGGUCCUUUUCCAACCAGGAGUUCUGGUUGAAAAGUGGAUGCCUAGCAACCCUAGACCUUACCUGUGGUAAGAGAGCAGGACAGUGGCCUGGCUCAUGCCUGUUAAUGUACCCCAGUUCCCUUCCAUCACAAUACCUCUUUGCUGGUUCGUGUACCCCCAAUCCUUUUUCAUGCUGCUGCUGCUGGCCGGCCAACUGCUCCUCUUUCUGUAGCUGACUUUCCUUCCAAAGUGCAGUGUUUUGUGCUUGUCUUUAUUGCAUUUCAGAGCAGCUCUCCAGUGCAGGGAGGUGUGGGGUAAUUAGGGAUUGAGAUGGGUAACACAAAGGGGUAUAAUGCAUGGGCACGGAUAGAUGAGGCUUGAAGGCAUAUUGUGCCUGGAUUAUGUUUGUUUAGACAAUUAAGUUUUCCUCAAGUUCCAAUACCACAAUUCAUUUUACUCUCAUUAUGUUUGAGGUUGAGUGUUUACAAAUGGUUAAAGCAGGGAAAUGGGUUCCAUUCUUUAUUUCUGGCAGUGAUUUGUUGUUGGAAUUUAGGCAAGCCUCUUAACUGCUGUGUGGCUCAACUUCCCCAUCUGAGAUCUUUGGAUGAAAGACAACAUGGCAGUGUCAUCAAGUAUUAUAUUUCAAUUUCCCCAGCUCUUCUCACAUUGGUGACCCACACAGGAAGACAUGUUGAGGGCUAAGUAUGGGCUUCGGCACCUCUGGCCACACUAUUCCAAGUGGAUGGCAGGACUACAAUCCUCCAAGAUCAUGUGCCGUGCUCUGCACCCCGAGUGGGCUGCUAUGGCUAAAAAACAGCUGAAAGGCAAGAAUCCAGAAGAACUGAUAUGGCACACACCAGAAGGAAUUGUCAUCAAGCCUUUGUAUUCGAGAAGGGAUACAGAAGGCUUUCCUGAGGAGCUGCCAGGAGUGAAGCCUUUCACUCGGGGACCAUAUCCCACCAUGUACACUUACAGACCCUGGACUAUCCGCCAGUAUGCUGGUUUCAGUACAGUGGAGGAGAGCAACAAAUUCUACAAGGACAACAUUAAGGCUGGCCAGCAAGGAUUGUCAGUUGCCUUUGAUCUGGCAACCCAUCGUGGCUAUGAUUCAGACAAUCCACGCGUUCGUGGUGAUGUUGGAAUGGCUGGAGUUGCUAUUGAUACGGUUGAAGACACCAAGAUCCUUUUUGAUGGAAUUCCUUUAGAGAAGAUGUCAGUUUCUAUGACAAUGAAUGGUGCAGUAAUUCCUAUCUUAGCUACAUUCAUUGUAACUGGGGAAGAACAAGGAGUGCCUCAAGCCAAGCUUACUGGGACAAUCCAGAAUGAUAUACUCAAGGAGUUCAUGGUCCGAAAUACAUACAUUUUCCCUCCAGAACCAUCAAUGAGGAUCAUUGCAGACAUUUUCCAGUAUACAUCAAAGCACAUGCCAAAAUUUAAUUCCAUUUCAAUCAGCGGGUAUCAUAUGCAGGAGGCAGGAGCUGAUGCCAUUUUGGAAUUAGCUUAUACUAUUGCUGAUGGAUUGGAGUACUGCAGAACUGGACUAAAGGCUGGCCUUACCAUUGAUGAAUUUGCACCAAGACUGUCUUUCUUCUGGGGAAUUGGUAUGAACUUCUACAUGGAAAUAGCUAAGUUAAGAGCUGGGCGACGGCUUUGGGCUCAAUUAAUAGAGAAAAUGUUUCAGCCCAGGGAUCCCAAAUCUCUUCUUCUAAGAGCUCAUUGUCAAACCUCAGGAUGGUCCCUUACUGAGCAGGAUCCCUACAACAAUGUUAUCCGUACUGCAAUUGAAGCAAUGGCAGCAGUGUUUGGAGGUACUCAGUCUUUGCAUACAAAUUCAUUUGAUGAAGCCUUGGGUUUGCCUACCGUGAAAAGUGCUCGCAUUGCUCGGAAUACACAGAUUAUUAUACAGGAGGAGUCCGGUAUUCCUAAAGUGGCAGAUCCAUGGGGGGGUUCCUACUUAAUGGAAUCCCUUACCAAUGACGUCUGUGAGGCCGCUUUAAAGCUUAUUAAUGAGAUUGAAGAAAUGGGUGGAAUGGCCAAAGCUGUAGCUGAGGGAAUUCCCAAACUCCGGAUUGAAGAAUGUGCUGCCCGAAGACAAGCCAGGAUCGAUUCUGGGUCUGAAGUAAUUGUUGGAGUAAACAAGUACCAGUUAGAAAAAGAAGAGACAGUUGAAGUUUUGGCUAUUGAUAACAGUUCAGUCCGAACCAAGCAGAUUGAGAAGCUUAAAAAGGUAAAAGCUAGCAGAGAUGAAGCAGUAGCCCAGCAGUGUCUCGCUGCUUUGACAGAAUGUGCUGCCACAGGCCAAGGCAACCUAUUGGCACUCGCAGUAGAAGCAACACGUGCCAGAUGUACAGUUGGAGAAAUAACAGAUGCAAUGAAGAAGGUGUUUGGGGAGCAUAGAGCCAGUGACCGAAUGGUGAGUGGAGCUUACCGCCAGGAGUUUGGAGAGAGUGAUGAAAUUCUUCACGCUAUCAAUAGAGUAAACAAGUUCAUGGACCAUGAAGGACGCAGACCUCGUCUUCUUGUUGCCAAGAUGGGUCAAGAUGGCCAUGAUAGAGGAGCUAAAGUUAUUGCUACAGGAUUUGCAGAUAUUGGCUUUGAUGUGGACAUAGGCCCACUCUUCCAGACACCCCGGGAAGUAGCCCAGCAGGCUGUGGAUGCUGAUGUGCACUGUGUGGGUGUGAGCACAUUAGCUGCAGGUCAUAAAACUCUUGUUCCUGAACUCAUCAAAGAGCUGAACACACUUGGCCGUCCAGACAUUCUUGUUAUGUGUGGAGGUGUCAUCCCCCCUCAGGAUUAUAAUUUCCUCUAUGAGUCUGGUGUCUCCAGUGUAUUUGGUCCAGGGACUCGGAUUCCAAAGGCAGCUGUACAGGUGCUUGACGAUAUUGAGAAGUGCCUGGAUAAGAGACAGCAGACUAUGUAACAGUGAAACAUCAUGCCACAAAAUGGGCCUUAUAAUAAUCAUUUAUGGAAUAUGAUCAAUCAUCAGCUUGGAAGAGCCAAACACGUAAAUUUGGUUACAAUGUCUGGUGCCUUGUGUGCUUUCUAAGAAAGCUGUAAUUGUCAGGUGUGUUCUAUCUGUGAGGAAUAUUUUGUAUGACUGUGUAUAUUGAAAUUCUCUCUAAAGGUACAAAGGAGUUCUGUAAAAUUAUUCAGGAUUAUUUCAAGAAAUCAGCUAAAUAAA